AUGGAGGUGCCCCGGAGGCCGCGGCUUCGGCUGAGCCGCCGGAGGCUGCCCUCCGGGAGCGGGCCCCCCAGGCCCCGCGCCCGGCCCCCCCCGGACGGCGAGCGCGCGCGGCUGUGGGCCGAGCUGCUGCGCGCGGUGAGCGCGGACGGGGCUGCGGAGGAGCUGCCGCCGCUGCCCGCCUUCCCCGCCGAGGAGCCCGGGCCGGACCCCGCGCGCGCCGUGCCCCCCGAGGAGUUCGCCGUGGGACCCGAGACCUUCUCCUGGACGCCCUUCCCGCCGGCCCCGCGGGGCGCAGGGGGCCCGGGCUGCGCCUACCGGGUGCUCCGCGCGGCCGGCGGGCGCCUGGGGCCCCCCGCCCCGUCCCCGCUAGGAUGCCCCCCGCCGGAGCCCCGCGAGGUGCCCGCGGUCCCCCCGGUCCCCCCGGUCCCGGAGCGGCCGGCGGGGGGUGGGACACAGGCCCUGCAGAGCUGCCCCCUGUGCCAGGCCGACUUCGCACCCGGGCUGGCCCAGCUGGACAUCGACAGCCACCUUGCCCAGUGCCUGGCGGACAGCACCGAGGACGUGGUGUGGUGA